GUUCAAAUUGUAUCAUCCACUGGCAAGCAUACGUUCUCCCUAAAUCAUCGUGCUUUGAUGAAGAUUCUAUUGACCAAGGAAUUAAAAAACGUUCAUGUUGUUUUGAUAUCUGUAGCUGGUGCAUUUCGUGGAGGCAAAUCUUUUCUUCUAAAUUUCAUUUUACAUUAUCUAAUUACUAAUGAAAUUGCUACUUCUUGUUCUGAUACAUCCGACGGAUUUGCUUGGUCGGUUGGUUCCAAUCGUCAUACUACCGGCAUUUGGCUUUGGAAUAAACCAAUUAUGUAUAAAUUAUCCAAUGGGCAACAGAUAGCAAUAUUGCUAAUGGAUACUCAAGGUGUCUUUGAUUCUAAAAGUAUAAUCAAAGAAUGUGCUACUAUUUUUGCUUUAAGCACUUUAUUAAGUUCCGUACAGAUCUAUAACUUACCUGGCAAUAUUCAAGAUGACGAUUUACAAUUUUUGCAGGUGUUUACGGAAUAUGGACGAUUAGCGUUAAAAGAAACCAAUCAAACACCUUUUCAAACCUUGCAUAUCUUGGUGAGAGAUUGGUCAUAUCCAUAUGAAUACGCUUAUGGCAAGGAUGGAGGCCAGAAAUUGCUCGAAGACUGCAUGAAGGUGAAUAGAAAUUUAGCUGAGGAAAAAAAGCAAUUAAGAAUUCAUCUUCAGUCUUGCUACGAGAAAAUUACAUGCUUUCUAUUGCCUCAUCCUGGUUUUAAGGUCGCCACUGAUCCCAAAUUUAGAGGAGAGUUAUCAGAUAUCGAGCCAGAGUUUGUUAAUUAUGUGCAAGAGCUACUUAAAUAUUUGAUCGAUGAAGAGAAUUUAACGCCUAAGAAAGUUAACGGCCGCCUCAUUACAUGUAGAGAUCUUUUUCAUUACUUUAAGGUAUUUAUGGACAUCUAUGCUGACGAUCAGAUACCAUCACCGAAAACGAUUUUUCUGGCUACCGCUGAAGCUAAUCAUAUUUCUGCAGUGAUGACUGCCAGAGAUUAUUACAAUAAGGAAAUAGAAAAGAUUUGUGGGCCGACGAGAUCUUACGUUUCUCCGGAUGCUUUAUUGAAAGAGCAUCGGCGUAUAGUUGAAAGUGCAAUUCAAUGUUAUAAAAAAAUACCCAAGAUUGGAGAACAGGAGCUUGGUCACUCUUAUCUUAACAACUUGAAAGAUCAGUUGCAAAAAGAACUGAAAAUGAUCAUGAAAAGGAAUGAAGUCAAAGGAAGGAGGCUGUUGACUUCCUUUCAACCCAUGACUAUCUUAUUCAUUAUUAUUUUUGUAAUCAUAGCCGUCCAAGCUACCGGAAUUAUUCGGCUGUUACUUCAUCAUAUCUUUUCCUCGGAAAGCCUGUUGAUCAUUAUCUUUGUUCUCGUACUUGUGUUUGUUUUAAAAUCCUCAGGUUAA